AUGGACUCGGCGUCGGAAGCACCCUCUUCGUCGUCAUGUCCUCUCCAACGCUCCCUCUCGCAGCACAGCGCAACGUCCACUCGAUCCCACAAAAGCACGAGAAGCAGCCGGAGUGCCGCGUUGCGUGCCGGUCGGAGCCGCCGACUCUUGAGUCAGCCGAGUAGCUCGGCAAGCAGCGUUGCAGCCAGCGACAAGUCUUUGACAAGCUUCCCGAGCUUCAGUCCGGACCCAUCAUGCGCUGAUCGUUGCGCGGAGGACGAGGAACCACUCAAGAACGCCGCUCAAGAGCCCGAAAACAGCAGCGGCGCAAGACAUGUAGGCAGCAAAAGCUUCUCCGUCGUAGACACUCCGAUGGGGAAACCUUCGCCUCGCGAUGCUCUGUUUGGUGAUGCCCCGCUGUCACAGACCAUUCCAGGGGCGCUGCAUCAAGCCGACGACGAGCACAUCGAACGCCUCAUCGGUCGGCACGGUGCCGUAUCGCUCGUCCGGCAGAUCGCCGGGGACCUGGCCCAGCGGGAUGCUCAGCUCGCGGCCAUUCGCCGACGGGCGGACCAACGAGAACGUGCCCUGAGGAAAAUCAUACGAGAGUGCGGUCUGUCCAACAUGGAUCUCGAAAACCGUCUGAAAAUCGUGGAACUCGAGUUUCGCUCGGGCAAGCGGCAGUCUAGUCAUGGAGACCAUGGCUUGAGCGGCCUCAUGAGCGACGCGAUGCAGGAUUCAAUGACGAUGCGUGCGGACGGCGAGGGGGAGAUCUGGACCUCGACUCUCCGUCUGGGUGGAAACACAGACGCCACCAUCGCGGAAGCCGGGAAGAGCACUCUUCGAGGCUGGAAAGACUAUCUUUGGGGGGUCGGGACUGUCAAACGGGCAACCCGUGCAAACGGCGAUGACGCCAACCCAACAGCCUUCAUUCGCGCACGAUCCAACAUGGGACGGCGGCCUGCUGUACAGGAGGACUUGUUUACCCCUCCGGCGGAAGCCAGCAUCACGACCAACAUGAGCAGCUCGAGUCGGGCAUCGAGCGUUCAUUCGGCGGCUGCACCGGAGCGAAAGUCGUCGACGUCCUUGGCCAGUCUGGCCCUGAGGCUCGUCGCCGGAGCUGCAGCGACACCGGGGGCUGCUGAAUCGAGGGGCAGAGCAGCAAGCGCUUCGGCCCGGGCUGUUCCCACCAGAGCCGGAUCCUCGACCAGCACCCGAACCGCCCAGUCCGCGCGCUCUGCGUCCAUGGCUGCUGGCAACAACCCCAAAGCCCUCAUGGCCAUGCGCAAGACGUCCCAGACACCACAGGCUUUGUCAAGCGCGACAUCGCUCGGGCAGGACGCGUGGGCAAGCAUGGCCAGCAGUCCCCCGAACCAUUCUUCGAGCUUACGGCAAGAGAGCUACGGCCCGGUUGAGCUGGACGCCAUAGUACCUCCUGAAUCUCAACCUCCGACCUUGAACUACACUUACAACAAUAACAGACUGGCGGCCGGCGAGUUUCUGACUGAUCGCUUCGGUUUCAUCUACGAUCAAAGGCGCAAAAAGAAGCAGCAAGAAGCAGCAGCAGCAGCAGCAGCAGCAGCAGCAGCCCACCACGAGGGUAGCAAGGGCAGUAGCCGCAGCGAACUGCUCGCAAGUGUACGCAAUCGCAUCUCGCCCAUCCUGGCUGAAGACCUGCCCAGCCCCAAGGACAGUGUUUCGAGCGGCGCAAGACCAGGCAGCCCGAACAGCCACGAGGAGCGAGCUGAGGAGGAUGGAAAGCCCAAACGAUGGCAGGAUUACCUGAAGAUCGCAACCUUCCCCACCGAGCUUCUUAGCCACACCCCAAGGACGAAGGCGUCCACGCUGCAAGUUUUGGAAGGGACUGGCAGUGUCACGCCCGAGCUGCCAGGGGCCGAGCCCGCAAAGGGGCUGGUCAUUACCGCGACGAAUGCCGGCUUGAUGCCGCCACAAGGCAGCGCGACAACAGCCGUCGACAAUAGCGGGACCCCUCAGCCGUCCGAAACAGACUCGACCGCGGAACCGCCUUGCCGGGAAGAAACGGAGCCGGUCAAGAUUCUCCUGGAACAGCUCAGCGAGGUGCACGAUUCCCUGCAGCGCGACAAAACGGUCAAGUGGAACGACUUCUUGCGCAAGGUCCGGGCCGAGCGAAGGCGCGAAGGCCAAGCAGCAGUGGCUGCCGCCGCGGCGGCCGCCGAAGCGCGCCACGAGACGCCGGCCAUGAUUCUCCCAGAAACCCGGGUCGCCAACGGCGAGAUGAUUGGGAUCGCGGGCCUGGGGAACAAGGGAAAGGUUGGCCGAGCCAAGUGGAACGAGUUCAAGGCGCUGGUGCUCGGCGGCAUACCGGUGGCGUACCGCGCCAAGGUCUGGUCGGAAUGCUCCGGAGCCGCCGCGCUGCGCGUGCCCGGCUACUUCGAGGACCUCGUCGCGCGGGACGGCCACGACGACGAUCCGGCCGUCGUUGGCCAAAUCCAAAUGGACAUUGACCGAACGCUGACGGACAACGUCUUCUUCCGCAAGGGGCCCGGCGUGCCGAAGCUGCGGCAGCUGUUGCUGGCGUACUCGCGGCGGAACAAGGACGUGGGCUACUGCCAGGGCAUGAACCUGAUUGCGGCCAACCUGCUCCUCAUCAUGCCCUCGGUGGAGGACGCGUUCUGGGUGCUGGCCUCGGUCAUCGAGAGCAUCCUGCCGCACGGCUACUACGACCACUCGCUCAUGGCCUCGAGGGCCGACCAGCAGGUGCUGCGCCAGUUCGUGUCGACGGUGCUGCCCAAGCUCUCGGGGCACCUCGACUCGCUCUCGGUCGAGCUCGAGGCCCUGACGUUCCAGUGGUUCCUGUCCGUCUUCACCGACUGCCUGUGCGCCGAGGCCCUGUUCCGGGUGUGGGACGUGGUGCUGUGCACCAACGACGGGAGCACGUUCCUCUUCCAGAUCGCCCUGGCGCUGCUGAAGCUCAACGAGAGGAACCUGCUGCGGUGCGACACCCCGGCCGGGGUGUACACGUACAUCAACCACCACAUGACGGAGCACGCCAUCAGCAUCGACGGGCUGAUCCAGGCGGGCGACGGGCUGAGGCGCGUGGUGCGGCGCGAGGACGUGGAGCUGCGCCGCAGCAAGGCGAUCCAGGCGGAGAGGGCCAUGGUGGCGGCGAGGGACGAAGCGCGAAGCAGCAGGGCGGCGGCGGCUGCUGAUGCUGGAGCUGGGCAAGGAGCAGCCGCAGCUGGUCCGGACGAGGAGCUUGCCUUGCGCUGA